AACUGUGCUGCUUGUGAAAAUCAUAACUGAAGCAUCUUGGUUGCUCCUCUCUCACACACAAUGAAUGGAUUCCCUUGUGAGGACCAGUUAUAUAAUUCAUAGCCAACAUUAGUCUCUCUCUCCCUCACUUAUCAAACUUAAGUUUCAUCAAUAUCUCCAGAACAUGGAGUUUGUAGCCUCUCCCUUGGAUGAAUCAUGCAUAAUUGAAAUAGGGGGUAGGAUGGGUCAUCGGAGUCACAACAAUAACCACGAAUACAAGUCCAAGAACCUCCACGCCGAGAGGAGGAGACGGCAGAAACUCAGUGAACGCCUCCUCACCCUACGUGCAUUGGUCCCAAACAUUACAAAUAUGAACAAAGCAACUAUUGUUGAGGAUUCCAUCACUUAUAUCCACGAGCUGCAGAAGACUGUGAACAUACUCAAAGACCAGCUUUUCGAUAUGGAAGUAUCAGAAGAAGAGGCACCGGAGCAAAAGAAAGAAGAAAUUCAGGCUGCAGAAGAGAUGAAGAAAUUUGGAAUUCAGGCAGGGGUCAAUGUGACUCAGAUAGAUGGGAACAAACUUUGGGUAAAGGCAAUCCUUGAGAAGAAAAGAGGUGGGUUCACUAAACUGAUGGAGGCCAUGACUGCCUUUGGCUUUGAACUCACUGAUACCAGUGUCACUACCUCCAAUGGAGCAAUGCUUGUUUCAUCUUGUAUCAUGGGAUUCUACUGCGAAACGCUUGAAGUUGAGCAAACCAAGGAAUUGAUGCAAGAGAUCAUCAAUAGCAUAUAGAGCAAAUGGAAGCAUUAGAUAUUUUAUUCUAUUUACCCUUGAAACUAACAGAGUUUUCUGUUUUCUGUUUUCAUGACUUGUUGAUUUCAAGUCAGAGGUCAGAUUGGAAUUAUUUACUAUUUAGUCAUUGUGUUUGGUAGCAAAUGGUAAUCCAGGACAUCA